GAAAUGACAAUAAAUGUAACGAAAACAAAUACAAAUUCUCUCACUCUUUCAAUUUAGUCUUCCACAUUCUUAGCUUGAGGCAAUAUACUAAUGGCCUCUGUCAUGUUUGUUUUCGUAAGCUACCUCAUAUUUUGUUGUUUCUCAGUUCACAGUUUUGCCUUCUCACCUUCUGGAUGGACCAAUGCACAUGCCACCUUUUAUGGCGGUAGUGAUGCCUCUGGGACAAUGGGAGGAGCUUGUGGAUAUGGGAAUCUAUAUUCAACAGGGUAUGGAACUGAUACAGCAGCACUGAGUACUGCAUUAUUUAACGAUGGAGCUUCGUGUGGGGAGUGUUACAGAAUCAUGUGCGAUUAUCAAGCAGAUCCGAAAUGGUGCUUGAAAGGAACAUCUGUAACCAUAACUGCCACAAACUUCUGCCCUCCCAAUUUCGCUCUGCCAAGCAACAACGGUGGCUGGUGCAACCCUCCUCUCAAACACUUUGACAUGGCUCAACCCGCAUGGGAAAAGAUUGGUAUCUAUAGAGGAGGGAUCGUGCCCGUUUUGUUUCAAAGGGUUUCAUGCAUGAAGAAAGGAGGGGUUAGGUUCAGUGUGAAUGGGAGAGACUACUUUGAGCUUGUGCUGAUCAACAACGUAGGAGGAGCUGGAUCUAUUCGAUCUGUGUCCAUCAAAGGCUCAAAAACUGGGUGGAUGACUAUGUCAAGAAAUUGGGGUGCUAAUUGGCAAUCCAAUGCCUAUUUGAAUGGUCAAUCUCUGUCUUUCAGAGUCACAACAACCGAUGGUAUCACCAAACUUUUUCAAGAUGUUGUUCCAUCCAAUUGGCUUUUGGCCAGAGUUUCUCUACCACUGUUCAGUUUUAAGGCCACAAGGGCUAUUGAGUUGUGGGUUUUGGAGUUUCCGAUGAACGAAACGGCAGAGGCGUGCCUGUUAUUUUGCCGGAGCAGCCCGCCACCCUUCUCUUCUGCUUUUGAAUUUGGUAAAUAUGGUACGAUCGAACCCAUCAACUUGAUGCCUAUAAUGAAGAACCCUAAAUAGACAUUCCAAUUGCCUUAGUUAUUACAGAGAAUCAUUGUUAGUUGUAGUGUGAGUUCUGUAGAAAUGAACUUCUUCUGAGUUUGAAUCAUACUAUGAACUAUAAAGUGCUGCUCUAUCUGUAAGUCUAGAAGCAAUGUAUUGCUUUUGCGAAUUUGUUCUUCAGUUUCAUUACACACUGCAA